AUGGCGUCGGAACUAUGUUCAGCUUGCAGUAAAGUAACCUUGUCGAUGCUAAUAGAUGGCUUCCAGCAUCCUCUAGACUACUACCAGGUCCAUCAGUCCAAGGAACACUGCCGCCUUUGCGAAAUCGUCAGCAACGCCUACAAGUCUCAAGCCUGUGUCAAGAAUGAAAAGUUAAAGGUCUUCAGGGGUGACAAAGCAAAAGCCUGCAAUGCGGAUCAUCAUGGUCGACUCCUGUGGAGGAUACAACAAUCGGAGCCUGGGGCGCGUUGGGGCAUGUUCAAAAUCGACUCUCAGCAUUAUGGAGGCCUACAUCGGCUGUCUGUGUCAGAGGACUCGAGUAUCUUUAAGAACCGAAUCAUCACGCACAGGGAGCUACAAGUUGCCAACUCUCCGCGAAACAUGCGUCUCCUUCGUGAAUGGCUUGCAGAAUGUCAGCUACAUCACGACGAGUGCGGGCGAGGUACAUACUCUGGCAACAAAUACCACGAUGGCUCUUCCCCCACGACCCUCCCGUUCAGGGUCAUCGACGUUGGUUUCGCUGGUGAUGGGAGAGUGAGGGAAGAGAAGAAGCCACACGUCUAUACGACUGAUGGAAAAGAAACCGGGCGGUACAUGACUCUUAGUCACUGCUGGGGAAAGGUUAUCCCGCCAAGAAUGACCAAGGAUACUGUCGAUGCCUGGCAGGUGGAACUCCCAUUAGCAGAUUUACCCAAGACGUUUCGAGAUGCGAUAUGGCUCACAAGGGAAUUGGGCGAGCGAUUUCUCUGGAUUGAUUCCAUCUGCAUCGUCCAAGACGAUCCCACUGAGCUCAUGACACAGAUAGGGCUCAUGGGAGUGAUAUUUGAGGAAUCCUUCUGCACUAUAGCUGCGGUGGAUGCAAAAGGCCCAGACGGGUCUCAGAUGGUCGACUCGGGCUUGUUCGUUAGUGGGCCAGCGGUUGCCAGGACUGCCAAGUUUCAAGUGAAAACUGCUGGGACGAAUAAUGAUGGACUUGCAGAGAGCAUCAUGGAACCGAGUCAGAGUUCAUCACAACAAGAAGUGGAUGAACUGUGCGAAGUCAUUAUGCAAGAAGCUUCUGAUACCGCCGAUCCCUUCCCCCUCCGACUCCAGUUCAAGGCAUGGCACUCCCGCGGCUGGGUAUUCCAGGAACGAGAACUCUCCCGUCGAUGUAUCUUCUUCACCGAGUACGACCUCGGCUGGAGAUGCAACCGAUACUGGGAGACGGAGCAGACAGGUAUCCCCGAGUGCCGACGUCCCCGUGGCGAGUAUACCAUGGACGGCACGACAGCAUACGGCGGCGUGUCUUACGAUGCCGAGUACAACCUGAGGAAGACGUGGCAGAACACGGUGCAGCAGUACAGCGUCACAAAGCUGACGUACAACUCGGAUAAGCACAAUGCGUUGAUGGGGUUUGAAGAGCGGCUGGCUACGCGCUUCGGGUACAAAUUCUAUCACGGCAUUGUUGAUUUUGGACAUUGCGAGCACCUCCAUUCCCAGCUGCUAUGGGUUCCAGCCAUUAGCCGUGGCGGGCUCAACGAUAUCCCAUUCCCAUCCUGGAGCUGGAUGAAUGUGAAAGGCGCGGUGAAGUGGGCUCAUGAUGAGUACCUCGUCUACCCAGAGAUCCUGGCGCAGGUCGCGUUUGGCCACCCAAAGGCAAAUGAAGCAGCCCAAGAGUUGCACAUCUCUGGGGCCUUUCAGAAAAUUAGAGUUGGUGCUCGGAUAGGUGACAUUCCUCACCAUACGGAACGUGAAAGAUGGGCCCCCGACCUUCAUUUUGGAUGGUCAGAGUUGGGCAUGCAUGCUGACACCAAUACGCUUCUGUCAUCAAAUGGCGAUCAGAUUAUCGGAUGGGUAGCUCUGGAUACCGAUCUUGAGUCUGAGGAUGUGUUUGCGUUUCCUCUACUCAAAUACUUGAGGCAGGACGAUGAGGAGGAGCCAAUGUGUGUUGAUUUCUUGACCGUAUCUGGAAAUGUCACAGGGCCUGAUUUGAAUGGUCCGGAGAAGGAAGAGCAGUGUCGUCGAGUUGGCCGAGGGCGAGUACUCAAUAGUGCAUUUGAAUGGUUGGAUGGUUGCCAGAACGGCAGUAUUGUGCUGAACUGA